AUCACUCUCUGUGGCGGCUCUAUCUCUCUCUCGCUCCCCCCCCCCCCCCCCCCACUCUGAGCUAUCGGAAGGAGUAGCUCUCAGCGGAAAAACCCUAAAGCUCUCAGCUUUCCUUGUAGAACACAGACAUAUCUCCACAUUCGCAGCUUCGAAUUUGUUCCUGCAAUGGAGGCCUCUCCUUUGAAAAAGCUCGAGCAGCUAGAGUUCUCUCUCGAUUCCGUCACUGAUCUCUCCUCCUCCCCUCCCGCUUCGCCGUCCUCUCCCGCCGUAGCUACGUUCUCGUGCGUUGACGGCGUCACUGAGCUCCGGUUUCUCCAACCGGACUCGACCCAUUGUUUCACUUUUGAUCUCGCUUCAGCUCAGUUGUUCAAGUUGGGGACAGUCCAGUUCAUAUGUGUAUCUGAUGAUAACUCGGAGGAGAGAUCGUUCUCUAAAGGAGUUAAUAUAAAGUUUGGAAGUGAGAAGGAUAGCAAGGAGUUUUGUGAUUCAUUCGAGGAGUGGAGAAAGGAUGCUCUUGUUCCAGGAUCAUCCAUAGUUUCAGCUAGUAACAGCAAGUUUGACGAGAAGAUUGAGGCGUCCUCGGCCAAAAUGUAUUUCCAUUACUAUGGACAACUUCUACAUCAGCAAAAUAUGCUACAAGAUUAUGUUAGGACAGGUACAUAUUAUGCUGCGGUGAUGGAGAACCGUUCAGAUUUUGCUGGUCGUGUUGUGGUCGAUGUGGGUGCUGGGAGUGGCAUUUUGUCUAUGUUUGCUGCCCAGGCUGGUGCCAAGCAUGUGUAUGCUGUAGAAGCAUCAGAAAUGGCUGAAUAUGCACGUAAGCUUAUCGCUGGAAACCCCUUGUUCGCUGAUCGAAUCACAGUCAUCAAGGGAAAGGUCGAGGAUAUUGAGUUGCCUGAGAAAGCGGAUAUUUUAAUCUCUGAACCAAUGGGCACCUUAUUGGUCAACGAGAGAAUGUUGGAAUCGUAUGUAAUUGCUAGGGAUCGUUUCAUGUCUCCGAAUGGCAAAAUGUUUCCCACUGUUGGAAGGAUUCACAUGGCACCUUUCUCUGAUGAAUUUUUAUUUAUUGAAAUGGCAAAUAAGGCUUUGUUUUGGCAACAACAGAACUAUUAUGGAGUUGAUUUGACACCUCUGUUUGGUUCAGCACACCAAGGUUAUUUUUCUCAGCCUGUGGUUGAUGCAUUUGAUCCGAGGUUAUUGGUUGCUCCCCUUAUGUUUCAUACGAUUGAUUUCACUCAGAUGAAGGAAGAAGAUUUUUAUGAGAUCGAUAUCCCAUUGAAGUUUACUUCUUCCGUAUGCACCCGAGUGCAUGGACUUGCCUGCUGGUUCGACGUUCUCUUUGACGGGAGCACGGUACAAAGAUGGCUCACAACUGCUCCUGGUGCGCCUACAACGCAUUGGUACCAGAUCAGAUGUGUUCUGGCACAACCCAUUUAUGUGAUGGCAGGUCAAGAGAUCACUGGUAGACUUCAUCUGAUAGCUCACAGUGCUCAAAGUUACACCAUUGAUUUAACUCUAUCAGCUAAAAUGUGGGGUCCCGGUGCAAGUCAAGGAGGAAUCCUCCAAUCAUCGACAGGCAAAUUCGAUCUGAAAGAACCUUAUUAUAGAAUGUCUCAGCCACAAGCAUACCCUGCUGCACAAGAGCCACCAUUACCACCACAACCGCAGCUAAACCCACAGGACAUACAGAUACAGAGCGAUGAUUUUGAAGAAGAGUUAUUACAAGAACCGGCACAGAACGCGAGUACCCAGCUCUAAAGCUUAGAUCAUUGAAUCUCAUUCAUCUUUCUAGGUUCUUAUGAGUUUGGCUACGGUUCCAUGUAACAGUGUUUGCACCUUUGUGUUUUUUUUCCACAUCCAAGCUUAUCAACUAAUCAAGUUAUCUAUGAUAUUUUACCUACGUGAUUUUGUUUUA